AUGACCGAGCCUGUCGCAGAGUGCAACAUCAAGGUGCUGUGUCGCUUUCGUCCUCUGAAUCAGGCCGAGAUUCUGCGAGGAGACAGAUUUCUCCCCACGUUUCAAGGAGACGACACUGUCAGCAUCGGGGGGAAGUCCUAUUCAUUUGAUCGUGUGUUUCCCACCAACACCACCCAAGAGCAAGUCUACAACACCUGUGCCAAGCAAAUUGUUAAAGAUGUACUGGGCGGCUACAAUGGCACUAUCUUUGCUUAUGGACAAACAUCUUCUGGAAAGACCCACACCAUGGAGGGCAGUCUGCAUGACCCUCAGCAGAUGGGAAUCAUACCCCGCAUUGCUGAGGAUAUUUUCAACCAUAUUUUUUCCAUGGAUGAAAACCUAGAGUUCCACAUUAAGGUGUCCUACUUUGAGAUCUACAUGGAAAAGAUCCGGGAUCUUCUGGAUGUCACUAAGACCAACCUGUCUGUACAUGAGGACAAGAACCGUGUCCCCUAUGUUAAGGGCUGCACUGAACGUUUUGUCUCAAGCCCUGAGGAGGUGAUGGAUGUGAUUGAUGAAGGAAAGUCAAACCGCCAUGUUGCUGUCACCAACAUGAAUGAACAUAGUUCUCGCAGCCACAGCAUAUUCCUGAUCAACAUCAAGCAGGAGCAUGUGGAAACAGAGCAGAAACUCUGUGGAAAACUCUAUCUUGUGGACUUGGCUGGCAGUGAGAAGGUCAGUAAGACUGGUGCAGCUGGUGCUGUUUUAGAUGAGGCUAAAAACAUCAACAAGUCUCUUUCUGCCUUGGGCAAUGUCAUAUCUGCUCUUGCUGAGGGAACGAAGACGCAUGUGCCAUACCGUGACAGCAAGAUGACGCGGAUCCUGCAGGACUCUCUGGGGGGUAACUGCAGAACCACCAUGUUUAUCUGCUGCUCUCCCUCGAGUUUCAAUGAAGCUGAAACCAGAUCAACUCUCAUGUUUGGACAACGUGCGAAGACAAUCAAGAACACCGCCUCUAUAAAUCUUGAGCUGACAGCAGAGCAAUGGAAGAGGAAGUAUGAGAAAGAAAAAGAAAAGAAUAAGACUCUGAGAGACACUAUUCAGAGGCUGGAGGCUGAGCUGAAACGCUGGCGCAAUGGAGAAGAAGUGCCAGAGGUGGAACAGACUUCUGCCGAGAUGACAAAAUUGGAGAACAUUGAUGAGUCUCUGGAUAAUGAGAAAGAGAUUGAGCGACAAAAGGAGAAAGAGAGAGAGAGGAGCUUGGAUACCUCCUCCAUCGUGGUGCGUAUCUCGGAGGAGGAGCGGCAGAAGUAUGAGGAAGAGAUCCGGAAGCUUUACCGCCAGCUGGAUGACAAGGAUGAUGAGAUUAAUCUGCAGUGUCAGUUGGUUGAGAAGCUUAAACAGCAAAUGCUGGCUCAAGAUGAGCUGCUGGCAUCAACACGUGGGGACAGUGAUAAGGUGCAGAGUGAACUUGGCCGGUUGCAGUCAGAGAGUGAAAGCGCGAAGGCCGAAGUGAGGGAAGUGCUGCAGGCGCUUGAGGAGCUUGCUGUCAACUAUGACCAGAAGAGUCAGGAGGUGGAGGAGAAGAGCCUGCACAACAAACAACUGGCUGAGCAGCUCAGCCAAAAAAUGGCCAGUCUAAUGGAACUGGAAGCUGAACUGGCUCAGAUGCAAGAGGUGAGCUCGCAGCAGAGGAAGCGCAUUGCUGAUGUGUUGAAUGGCUUAAUGAGGGACCUGAGUGAGUUCAGCACCAUUGUGGGCAAUGGAGAAAUCAAACUGCCAGUAGAAAUUAGUGGGGCUAUAGAGGAGGAGUUCACUGUGGCCAGGCUUUACAUCAGUAAGAUCAAAUCAGAGGUGAAGUCGAUGGUGAAGCGGUGCAGACAGCUGGAGAGCAUGCAGCUGGAGUGCCACCGCAAAAUGGAGGAGACUGGUCGAGAACUCUCCUCCUGCCAGCUCCUCAUUUCACAGCAUGAGGCAAAGAUCCGGUCUCUCACUGAGUAUAUGCAGAAUGUGGAGCAGAAGAAGAGACAGCUAGAGGAUAGCUAUGAUGCUCUGAGUGAAGAACUGUCCCUGUUACAGAAUCCAGAACAGCAGGAUGGAGCAGAAAAGCCAGAGACAGGGGAGCCUGAUGGAAAGAAGGCUGUUCACCGAGCUGCAGGCCAUCAUGAACCUCGCCACAUUCAACUCAGCCAAUUGCGGGAUGAGAUCAAUGAGAAACAACGUCUUAUUGAUGAGCUCACUGAUAAGAACCAGGCUCUGGAGUUAGAGUUGGCCCAUGUGCGAUCUGACUUCAGCAACCUGAAGAUUCAGGAGGACACAAAGAAUGCACGUUUGGAACAGCUAUCAUUUCAGCAGGAGAGGCAUGAGCAGUCUAAACAAGAUCUCAAGGGCCUGGAGGAGACUGUCGCCCGUGAACUCCAGACCCUCCAUAACCUGCGCAAACUGUUCGUUCAAGACCUCACGACUCGAGUUAAAAAAAGUUCAGAAAUUGGACCUGAUGAUAGUGGGGGGUCUAACACCCAGAAGCAGAAGAUUUCCUUUCUUGAAAACAACCUGGACCAGCUUACAAAGGUUCACAAACAGUUGGUACGUGAUAAUGCAGAUCUGCGCUGUGAGCUUCCGAAACUGGAGAAGCGUCUUCGCUCUACGGCUGAGCGCGUUCGGGCACUUGAGGCGGCACUAAAGGACGCCAAACAGGGUGCCAUGAAUGAUCGGCGCCGCUACCAGCAGGAGGUGGAACGUAUUCGGGAUGCCAUGCGCCUGCGCAAUGCACUGCGCCGUCCACACACUGCUCAGAUUGCAAAGCCAGUGAGGCCUGGAAACUAUGGCACUGCUACGUCUCCCACCACCUCUCUGUCUAUGCGAUCCAGUGACCCUGUGACAUCAUUCAGUAAUGUCCUUUUUCAGAGAGAGGAGAAGCCUGUUCCCCAGAAAACCAAUGUAGUUGGCUACAGCACUGUGAGAUCUAUAGACAUACUAAGCUCCUACCCACUGGAUGUGGAAAAUGGAAACAGCCCAGACAUUAAUGACAACAGGAGUGAUGCACACUGCGGCAGUAUGGUGGAAUCAUCCAGACAUUAUAUCAUGCAGCCAGAGGCUGCAGCCAGUUAAUCACCUUAUACAGAUUCCAGUUUCCUGCAUGCUGUCAGCUUUCGUCGUCUACUCAGAACUUGCAGAAUUCCAAUUCCCAGACUUUCUUGUUCUGUCCUG